GAUAGAGCGAUGGAAGAAACCGGAGAAUUCUCUCGCAGCCUCCGGUCGUCGUUUCUUCUAGCAGAGUAAUUGUGGUAUUUGUACGGACUAGUUCGGCCGUGAACGGAGCUCCGGUGUCCCACGUUCCGUAGGUGCGGCUUUAUUUCAUUGUACCCGGUGAAAAGUUAUGGCGAAGCGGGUCUUAUAGUCUCGAGGGGAUCGUACGGGAUACGGGACGGUGCUGUCGCGUCGUCGUCGUCGUAGUCGUCGACGUCGUCGUCCGGAUACGCGAGGGAGCUCCGAGAAAGAGAGAGAGAAAAAAUACAACGCGCGUCCGUUGCCCGUGCCGGGCAAUAAAUCUUUGAAUAAUUGUUGAACGACCGCGGAGAGGUUCCCGGCAGGAAUUAAAACCGUCGGAUCGACGGUGAACGAGAAGAAGCCGCGAGCUUUACGACGAGCGCAGACGACGACGCCGAGCCGCGCCGUUGCGAAAGCAGAGAACCGGGAGAGACUGUUCUUAAUCGUUGUACACGGGAAAUCGGGAAAUCGAAGCACGAGUCGAGACGAAUGAUGUCCAAUUGACGAAGACUGCGCAACGCUAGGAAUGGCCCCAUUCAGUUCCGUUUUCCUCGGCGUCUGGGGAGUGUUCGUUAUCGUUAUGAUACAAGAAUCCAGGCCCUUCAGCUGGGAAGAGUGGUGGACCUACGACGGCAUUUCCGGUCCCGGGUUCUGGGGUCUGAUCAAUCCCGAGUGGUGUCUGUGCAACAAGGGCAAGCGGCAAUCGCCGGUGAACCUCGAGCCGUCCAAGCUCCUCUUUGACCCGAACCUAAGGCCGCUGCAGAUCGACAAGCACCGGGUCGGCGGCGUCCUGGAGAACACCGGGCACAGGGUCGCCUUCGCCGUCGACAACGACACCAGACACCCCGUCAACAUCUCCGGAGGACCGCUCAGCUAUCGAUACCAGUUCCACGAGAUCCAUCUGCACUUCGGUCUCGACGAUCGGACGGGCAGCGAGCAUACCGUCGACGGGCACGCGUUCCCGGCCGAGCUGCAAAUAUUUGGCUUCAACUCGCAGCUGUACAACAGCUUCUCGGACGCGUUGCACAGGGCGCAGGGGAUCGUCGCGGUGUCGCUUCUGCUCCAGGUCGGGGACCUCUCGAAUCCGGAGCUACGGAUAUUCACCGAGCAGCUGGAUAAGAUCAAAUACAGAGGCCAGACGAUGGAGAUUAAGCGUUUCGCGGUGAGGGAGCUCCUGCCGGACACGAAAUAUUACAUGACGUACGACGGCUCCAUCACCAUGCCGGCCUGCCACGAGACCACCACGUGGAUCAUCCUGAACAAACCGAUAUACAUCACCAAGCAGCAGCUGCUGGCGUUGCGGGUGCUGAUGAGAGGCGUGCAGAACGACCCGGUCGCGCCCCUCGGGAAUAAUUACAGGCCGCCUCAGCAGCUUCAUCAUCGUCCUGUUCGAACAAACAUUGACUUCAACGUGCAGCGAACAGCUGGAAAUAACCUUGAGGAGCCGAGGGAGACGGCUGGCGUUUCGCAGUUAACUACGCUUUCCCCGAGAGGAGCUGGAGGUUCGCUGAUAAGAGAAUAAGAAAACCCACUGACAUAUCAAUUAUAAGACUCGCUCGAUCGCGGCGGUCCUCGUCGAUCCGAUCGGUCCGGUCGCGGCGUUUCGCGCGCGUCGUUGAGAUCGCGCGCGCGCGCGCUUGAGAGAGAGAGAAAGAGAGAGAGAGAGAGAG